AACUUAUAUGGUGCUUUGCCAUUGAGUCUUUGUCACUUGGAACACAUUCGACUCUUGGAUUUAUCUUAUAAUAACUUGUCCAAUAAAAUUCCAUCUUGUCUUCAUAAUUUUACUAUUAUGGCAGCACAAGAGCACAUCAACUCAACCGAAGCAAGUUACCAUAUGUAUAGGAUCAAUAACACAUUCAGGGGAUAUUCCCUCUAUUAUUUUGAAUUCUACAUUACAUUGAUGUGGAAGGGUGAAGAUAGGUCAUUUAAGAGGCCAGAUCUCCUUCUGAAAAGCCUUGAUCUAUCUAGCAAUUCUUUCAUUGGUGAAAUACCAAAAGAAGUUGUGUCUUUAUUGGGAUUAGUUUCAUUGAAUUUAUCAAGAAACAAAUUGAGUGGAAAAAUCCCUAUUGAGAUUGGGAAUCUUGAAUCUCUAGAAUUCCUAGAUUUGUCAAGAAAUAAAUUAUCAGGCACAAUUCCUCCAAGCCUUGCUCAUAUUGAUCGUCUCGGUGUCUUGGACUUGUCAAAUAAUAAUCUCUCUGGAAAAAUCCCUAUAGGAACACAGUUGCAAGGCUUUAACGCGUCAUGUUAUGGAGAAAAUCUUGAUCUUUGUGGAAUGCCACUUGACAAAAAGUGCCUGGAAGAUAAGGUGCCUUCACCUCAAAUAUUUGAUCAUUCUGAAGAUGAUGAUGAUUCAAUUUUCUCUCAACAAUUUUACUUAAGCAUGGGAAUUGGAUUUGCUGUUGGAUUUUGGACCUUCAUGGGACCAUUGCUCUUUAAUCAAUCUUGGAGACAGACCUACUAUAGGCUUGUGAAUGAUGCAGCAAGUAGAAUCCAUGUCAUGGGGAUCAUUUAUGUGGCAAGAUACCUUGCUAGCCAUUAGCAAAUAC